AUGGCGUCCGGCAUCCCAUAUACUCCUAAGCCGGCGACUGAUAUCUUCACUCCUUACCAAACCGAUAUCGACCGACGGCAAUGCAAGAGAAUAGUGCCUAUGAGAGUGCUUGCGCUCGGCCUGGGAAGAACAGGUACGGCCUCGUUAAGAGCAGCGCUCAAAGAGCUGGGUUAUACAGACACGUACCACAUGAUGUCCGCUAGUGUUGAGAACCCGCCUGACUGCCUCUGCUGGAUGGACGCCUUUGCUGCAAAAUUUGAAGGCAAAGGCAAAUUCGGACGCGAAGAGUGGGAUGCUCUGUUUGGGCAUUGUCAGGCGGUCUGCGACUGGCCGGCCGUUGCGUUUGCUAAAGAGUUGAUUGAGGCGUAUCCCGAGGCCAAAGUCAUCAUCACCACAAGGGACGUCGAUUCAUGGCAUAACUCGGUCAUGAAGACGGUGAACUGGCGUGCGAACGAUCCCGAGUUGAAAGCAGUCGCAAACUUCGACUGGGCUGCCGGCCUGUACCACCCUAUGCUGCGCAAAUUCUGGAAAUACUUCUUCUACGACGAUUUCGAGAACCGAGGGAAGGAGAGGUUUCACGACUACUACAAGGAGAUUCGAGAGCUUGUUCCACCAGGAAAGCUGCUUGAGUACCGCGUGAGUUCUGGCUGGCGACCUCUGUGCGAGUAUCUCGGUGAACCCGUACCGGACAAGCCAUUCCCAAGGUCCAAUGACGCGGAGAACUUUGUGCAACGAUGCAGGACACAAAAUCGCAAGCAGAUGAUGAACGUUAUCUUCCGGGCUCUCAUCGUGGGAGUGCCAGUUGUUGCGACGGCGCUAUCGGCGACAUUUGCCUACACACACUAUCUACCAAAGUUUGCGCAGAGCACUCCUGUUUGGACUGGAGCAUCGUGA